AUGUUCGUUUUGCUGAUAUUGAUUUGGAUAAUUGCUAUUAAGGCUAAUCAUUUUAAUGGUGGUACCAUUAAUUGGAUGCCAGUGUAUCCCAAUGACACGUCUUCAUCAAUUUUGAUUACUAUUACACAGUCUUAUUCAUGGGUUUAUCCGACAGUGAGUUGUACGACAAAUAUUCCUACAACAGGUGGUAGUAGCAGCACAACUUUAAAUUGUAUUGCUAAUUGUUCUACAGACGGUGGCUAUUCUAAUCACUUAAUCAGUAUUUUAACUGAUUGUACUUCAUACAGUACAUCGUUGAACAUGACAGCAAGUGAACGAUCUGUUAAUGUUACACUCAAUGAAAGUGCAUAUUUUCGAAUAUCCUAUGAUAGUUCAGCUUGGAGAAGCUUGGAGAAUGCUGCAACAACAAACAAUCCUGGAUGGUCAAUUGUUUCUUUAAUUGAUCUUCGACGACGUCCUGAUGGUAUUUUUAACACUCCACCCGUAGCAAAAGUAACCUCUCCUCAGUAUAUCAUUGUCAAUCGUACAACUGCAAUCCAAAUACAUGUAUCAGAUGUGAAUGCAAAUGACGAUAUACGCUGUCGAUGGAGUUCAAAAAACAGCUCUAACGGAGUCGACGAAUGUGGUGAUAUUUGUAGUAUGGGGAACGCAUCUAACCUGAUAAGUUUGUCUGGUUGUACGGUUACAUUUACGCCAAAAAAAUCUGGUGUUUGGUAUGCUAUUGCUAUACAGGUUGAAGAUUUUAUCAACACAACAAGCAGUCAGCCAUUGAGUUCAGUGCCUAUUCAAUUCCUAAUUUAUGUAUUAUCUACGCCAAAUUGCUCACAAGCACCUCAAAUUCUUCCUUUAACAGGCUGUUUAGAAGUUAAAGUGAAUGUAUCAGUAACUUUUACUCUUUAUUCAAUGAACUUCUGCAAUAGAACAAAGUUCAUUAUUACUGACAUCAUGUUUACAGUAGACAUCACUGGUAUGCAAGUCAGUAGUCUAGUAAAUUCAACAGCCAAUGCAUCAUUAGUCUAUGUCACGCUAACUUGGAAACCAACAACAAAUCAAAUUGGAUUCCAGCAAUUUUGUGCAGUUGCUUAUACCAAUGAAAUGGUCCAAUCUGAUCCAUAUUGUGCUACAUUCACUGUAAUGGCAUCAGAGACUUGCAUAACAACUACAACUUCGACAACAACUUCAACAACAACGACAACAGAUACAACUUCGACAAGCACAACAACUACAACUUCGACAACGACUGAAACAACAACGACAACAGAUACAACUUCGACCACCACUGAAACCACGACGACAACAACUGCAAGCACAACAAUAAGUACAACAUCAGAAACUACAACAUCUACUACAUCGACUCAAACUACAACAACAACUACGACCACAACAACAACUACUACAUCGACGCAAACUACAACAACAACUACGAGUACAACGACUACUACAACAAUCACAACGGCAACAACAACGACUACUACUUCAAUUACGAAUGGUGCUGCCAGGCGUCGUCGAAAAAGUGAAACUAGAAGAAACUCGUGGCAACCAAUCUAUACAUUAUCUGAUCGAGAAGUUUUAAAGGAUAUUGGCUUAAGUCAAAAACAACGAAACUAUCUUAAACCUAAUGAAUUAAAUAACCAAGAUAACAUUACGAAUAUAUUUGCCUCCAACAAGUCGAUAAAAUCAGCAAAUAAUAACGAAAGAAAAAAUAAUGUUGAUCAUAUUAAAUUAAAGAAAAUUUCAAAAUCACAUGAAAAAAGAAAUCCAUUAAUAAAAUUAUAUCAUCACCAAGAUUCUCUUGAAAAUACAUCUAUUGCAGAAAAUCAGUCUACAUUUGAAUGUUCUUUCAUGACCAACUCUUCAGAAAAUUUAUUACCAAAUUUCUCUAUGAUUAACAAGAACAAUCAGGCGAUGAAAUCGCCAAAACUUCAUCAUGAAGAACACAAAUUUUCUUCUUCAUCAUCAACUAAAAUUCGUGUCGUUAAAUUGCCAAGAAAUAAAGUAUCAGCAUCUUCCAAUAGUCACACUAACAACGUAUCAGAAUCAAACAAUUGUCAAACAAACGACCAAAUUGUCAUGAACAAUAAAAAUGAUAAUGCUAUUAAUGGCAUUUCAAAUACAAUUUCAUCUACAAAGGUGAACCAAAAUUUUUUCAUAAAAGCAGCCAGUGCCCAAAACAAACAGGACUCUUACACGAAUGGUUCAAAUACUGAAGAUAACAAUAAUCAUAUACGACAGCGAGCAUCCUCUUUUAGUGGCGUUACCGUCAGCAAAAUUAAAAUAAAGAACAACAACAAAAUAGAUAUAAACAAUGGAAUAACUGUAGUUUCUAUGAAGAAACAACAAUCUUAA